UGCUUGAACAUGGGUGUCUUUGGGUGUCAUCAGGAGAGGGAGUUUUAGCUCUAUUAACGAGCGUAGGUAAAAGAGGCGUGUGCUUUCAAGAGUUCAGAACCCUGGUGCCGCAUGUGAGAUGCGGCGGAGUUGUUUCUCUGUAUUGGCCCCGAGAGUAUUUAAACUCCGUCGCAUGGACAUCCGGAAGAUUUGGUCACUCCCUUCCCAUUGGGUCGCGCUGCUGUGUCUGGUCCUCUGACAGUCCCACACCCCACGAUGUGUAUGUGGUGUUUAGCAACACAGAACUUGCAACGGCCUGAACUGGAUUGGCCCGCAUAUUACCCAUUACUGGACGAAAGAGAUAGUCUUCUGCUGAAGGAAAAGGAGACUCCAGUGGUUGCCAGCCCCCCAUUUACCUACAUACAUGCGAUGACAGCGCGAAAGGGUGACGGAUCCUGUUGGUCAAUGGUUUUUUCCCCCGAGAACGACGCACAAUUGGAAUCACUAGUGUAUGCAUAUCAAGCCGGCCGCUGUCCUCUCCGCGAUCUCACUGUCCAUGUCCACGUGUCCUUGCUUGACCCUUAUGCACUUCAACCCUCUUCCCCUAGGGAUGCAUGCUUUGCAAGACGCAUCACUCCUCGCUUCGUUAACAUAUCAACAUCAGCCAUGAACUUGAGAUAUAUCUACCCGCAAGGCGUGCUUCCAUCAAAUUACAUGACUCGGCUCAAGAAACCAUCCGACGUUUGGAAGGCCUUGAAUCCUCUGCUCUGUCGACCAGGAGAAAUGCCAAAGCUUUUGAUCUUGCGUAACUGCAAGGCUGAUCCUACUUACGAUGGGCUUUAUCCUCGAAACAAAUGUCUGCACGAUGGACCCCUAACGUCGGGCACUUUUGAUAUCGGUGCCGUAGAUUAUCGAGGACAUUUUGACUUCUCUCAUGGCGCAUGGUUCUUUCGUCGGUUCCCGAAAGACGCUCGGCGCUCACUGAAAUCGGAGGAAGACACAUAAUAAAAGCUCUAACCUAUCGUCAUCGACGCUACCAAAGGCCUACUGUUUCUCAGUUUCUCCGUGCAUCAUAUAUCGCGUUGCAUUGAUUUAUGCCGCCAUCGACAAGCCUCGACUUGGUUAGGCGGUGCCUUGCAACCAAUCGGCUUCGUGGUUCAGCAUGCAGGAUCCGGUUGUCGAUUUGUCCUUCUCACAUACCCUUAACUUGCAGUAGUGCCUCUGUUGUAUGUAGUCCGUUUCUCGACAAGGAUUGGGCCUUGGGGUCGUUGCACAUCCUACGAAGAUCACUCUGAGAAUACAUUAGCCAUAGAAAAGCCAAAAAAAAUAAAG